CGGGGGUGGGGUUACGUGUAGGUGACGUGGCGGCUCAGAGUCUCACUCGGGUUUCGGCGACUUUAAGCCUCUAGGGAGGAGGCGGUGACAGCUUUGGAGAUUGAGGCGGUGGCGCAGCGAUAGGCAACAGAAAGGAGUGCGAGGUUAUGCGACUCAAUGAUCCCGCGGAAACGCUACGGGUCUAAGAACACGGAUCAGGGUGUCUACCUGGGUCUCUCAAAGACACAGGUCCUGCCUGCAACUGCUGGCAGUAGCAGCAGCGACAUCACCCCUCUGCCCCCUCCAGUGGUCCUGAUCCCUCCCCCUCCCGACACCAUGUCCUGCCGGGAUCGGACCCAGGAGUUCCUGUCUGCCUGCAAGUCCCUGCAAAGCCGUCAGAAUGGAAUCCAGACUAAUAAGCCUGCUCUUCGUGCUGCCCGACAGCGCAGUGAAUUUACUCUCAUGGCCAAGCGCAUUGGAAAGGACCUCAGCAAUACGUUUGCCAAGCUGGAGAAGCUGACAAUCUUGGCAAAGCGCAAGUCCCUCUUUGAUGAUAAAGCAGUAGAAAUUGAGGAGCUAACAUAUAUCAUCAAACAGUUACUAGGAAGAGGUGGUCCUGCGGUUUUGGGGGCUGAGUCCUGUGCCUCCAGGGAUGUGGCCAUUGACAUGGUGGACUCUCGGACCAGCCAGCAAUUACAGCUCAUUGACGAGCAGGAUUCCUACAUCCAAAGUCGGGCAGAUACCAUGCAGAACAUUGAAUCUACAAUUGUUGAGCUGGGCUCUAUCUUUCAACAAUUGGCACACAUGGUUAAAGAACAGGAGGAAACCAUUCAGAGGUGAGAUGCCUUCUCUCUCUCUCCACUGAGAGAAGCCAAGGACAGGCAGCUUGAUGUCUUCAGAAGAGUAGAAUGAAUCUUGCUUCCACCCAUUUAGCACCCGUUCCAAGAACACUAAGUAAAUUCCAAGCCCUAAUAGAACUUAUAAAAAAUAUAGAG